AUAGUUCCCAUUUCCGGCUGCGGCAGAAAAAUGGCGGGUUCAGGAUGAAGCCAGCACGUGGAAAGCCGUGUGAUGGAGAGGAGGGAAAGAAAGAUAGCGGAAAAAGGAAAGUACAGUGUGCUGAUCUUAAAAGAGAUAUCAAAAUUAAAAAAAUGAAACAAAAAAAUUCGGAUUCGCAAAUUUCGCGAAAGCGAAAGCGAACAAAUUCGGAAACAGAGGAGACACCAUCUAAGGACUUCGACCUGAAAGAGUUAUCGAAGAAACACAUUUUACAAUGCAUUUCUGCGAUUUUCCAUUUAACUCAGGAACAGUUGAAAGAAAAAAAGGAUGUCCUAGCCACGGAGGUGCAGCCGAUAUUUGUGCAAGUGACUUGUGUCAAGGUUCCACAAGUACCUCGCAGACAAAUGAGAAUCUUGCUACCAUAUUCUAUAAUAGCACCAGAUGAUGAAAUUGCUUUAUUUGUUUGCGAUUUGCAAAGAGGAAAAAGAAGGGAUUAUGAACCGACAUUGGAACAUUACAGAAAUCUAUUAGAAGAACAUGGAUGUACUCGUGUGAAUGAUAUAAUACCUAUGAAUCGUGUGAAAACUGAAUUUGAUCAAUUCGAAUUGAGAAAAAAGCUCAUAAGCAGUUAUGAUCAUUUUCUUGUCGAUGGUCGCAUUGCUGGGCAUAUGUCACAUCUGUUAGGAAAGCAUUUCAUGAAGAGACGAAAAUUGCCAACAUCUAUCAGAAUGGACAGCAAAGAUUUGAAGCAUGAAAUCGAUUAUGCAUUGAGAAAAACUUGCAUGCAUGUUCAUUCUAAUGGUGAUACUCACUUGGUCCAGAUAGGAAAUACGUCUAUGAAUAAAAAACAAAUCUUGAAAAAUAUACUAGCCACUUGUAAGAAUCUGUCUAAAAAUUAUCCUGGUGGUUGGGCGAACAUACGAGCUCUACGAUUGAAAAGUACAACUACUCUAGCAUUGCCUUUUUAUGUGACAUUAAAAAGUAAAAAUACGAUUGAUCCACUUACAAUUGCGGCAUCACCUAAGAGACCAAAAGCUUAUCAUGAUGUGGAGGGAGAAUUAUCGACGUUCGUGCGUGCCACAGUCACUGUUAAGCCCGAUGGCGAAGUCAUUCUCAACAAACAAAAAAACUUACAAAACAGGAAGAAUGCAAAGAAAGACAAAUAAAUUAAUUUUGUUAAGAUAAUAUA